UCGAUCCGCUACGGACGUGCUACGCGCAACGGCUACGACGCUCGUAGCAAAGACGUGCGCUACGAAACUUUUGUAAAAAUCAACUGUUGUAGGAUUGAAUAAGUUGAAGAUUUUGUAUGUUUGGUCGGUUGUAAAACUGAUUGGUGGACCGAUCGCUCGUGUUGUGCACUUAGUUCGGAAAGCAUUCAUUUGUUCGUGGUCCUAGGGGCUCAGGCUCGAUGUUGGAAAGGCGAGGCGAGGGGGGGGAGCAUGCUGCCACAUCUCCUCCUACUUAGCGCCGCGCUGGCCAUGGCCAACCCUGGCAAGCUCAUAGGCGGGGUAGAAGCGCCAGAGUUCGGUGAGCCGAUCACCAACCUGACGGUGCCUCUCGGCCGCGACGCCACUUUCAAGUGUAUUGUCACCAACCUCGGAAACUAUAGGGUAGGCUGGGUGAAGGCGGACACGAAGGCGAUCCAAGCGAUUCACGAACAUGUGAUCACUCACAACCCGCGGGUGUCGGUCUCUCACAGCGACCACUCCACCUGGUACCUGCACAUCAAGAGCGUUCAGGAAGAAGACCGGGGCCAGUACAUGUGCCAGAUUAAUACGGACCCUAUGAAGAGCCAGAUGGGGUACCUGGAGGUGGUGAUCCCGCCGGAUUUCAUCCCGGAGGAGACGUCCGGCGACACCAUGGUGCCGGAGGGCGGUACCGCGCGCGUGGCGUGCCGCGCCCGGGGCAUCCCUCCACCUAGGGUGAUGUGGAAGCGGGAAGACGGACAGGACAUCGUGGUGAGGGACCAUACGGGAUCUAAGAAUAAAGUACUGACAUAUCAAGGCGAGGUGUUGAAGCUCAGCAAGAUAUCCCGUUCAGAGAUGGGCACGUACCUCUGCAUCGCCGGCAACGGAGUCCCGCCCACCGUCAGCAAGAGGAUACACAUCAGCGUGCAUUUCCACCCGGUGAUCCAGGUGCCCAACCAGCUGGUGGGCGCGCCGCUCGGCACCGACGUCACGCUGGAGUGCUACGUCGAGUCCUCGCCCAAGUCCAUCAACUACUGGGUCAAGGAUCCUGGCGAGCUGAUUAUCCCGUCGGAGCACUACGAGAUGGCGGUGCGGCAGAAGUCCACAUUCGAGGCGGAGAUGACGAUGACCAUCAAGAGCAUCCGGCGCGAGGACCUCGGCAGCUACAUCUGCGUCGCCAAGAACUCGCUCGGGGACGUCGAGAGCAAAAUUAGACUUUAUGAAAUACCUGGGAACGAUCGCCACGUGUACCAAUAUCCAGACGAGAAGCCUAUUCUGGACGACGAAUACGGCACAGAACUGUACGAAGAUUCCGGCGACGAUAAGGAUGAGAAGAACAACAGGGUUCCCGAUCGCGCCAACAAGUGGUACGCGAACAACGGCAAGAUAGUCGUCCUCAGUACCAACCACGCAUCCAGAAUACCGACAUCGACGGCUCUAUUCAUUGUGUUACUGCGCGCGAUCCAAAUUCUAACCCAUAGUUUUCGUUGUUAAAUUGUAAUAGGACCUCGUUCGGGAUUUCCGUGUUUUCCACUCUUUAUUGAUUGUCCAUUUCGUGAGACUGAAGGGCGCACGAAUGUUUUCGAUCGACGUCACAGCCCAAUCACACUCCUAAUGCUAAGUAAGAAUAUCACUUUCAGUUAAUGCGUUUUUCAGGACUCAAAUGAAGCUCCAGCCAUUUUUUUUAUUAACUUUAUUGAUUUUUGAAGAAAUACAAACUGUAGCCGAUUCUGAACAACGCAAAUGUUUCUUAUUAUCUUUAGGUAACGGUGUUUAUAAUUUAACCUAGUACUUAUAUGAUUUUUUGAUAGUUCUUAUUUAUGACUUUCGACAAUCCAAAAUUUUAGUUGGAUCUCUUUAAAACUCAUUGCAAUUAAACUGACGUCGAUGUUACCUCUUCCAUAACUUCACUGACCAUUAACAACCGAGGCUAUUACAACUCAAUCAGCAUGUAACGUGAUAAUAAUUAGGUUUAAUAACGAAAUGUAUAGUUUAAUUUAUAAGCGAAUAUUUACAGACAGUAUUUUAUAUGUUUCCGUUUUAUGUAAUGUUUAAAUGGACAUACUUUGAACUCUAGUAGUUCCCGUAAUUCUAGAUGAGAAUGAUGUUGUGUUUGAUAUUUAAGUAUAUA